AUGAAGCAGCUUGAAGAAAGCAAGGUGGCUUGGACCAUGUUGAGUGGCCUAAGAUCAUAUCUGAAAACUGUUUGCUGUCCACUUAACCCAGAAAACCCUACAAAAUCAUACAAAUCAAGAGACUUGGAUCUUUGUGUUCAUUUGAAGAACAUGAGUAAAACUUUCCAGGCCAUCAAGGGCAUUCAUGUCCAAAAAGCCACCAAGUAUCAGAAGGAGGUCACUUUGAAGAAGCACUUUGUGCCAUUUUGUCACAGUCAUAGAGCCAACGAAGGCUCUGUUAACUUAGAUGUCUGGGAAAAAGUAGGAAAACAGCUAAAAACUUACCAUGCCGAACAUGGCUCAGAAAAGGUGCCUAAUGACGCCUUUUCCUUAUGGAAUAUCAUUAGAGAUGUCUUAGACCCUGCCCCAGAUUCAAAAAAAGUACAUCUUAAAAGAGAUAGUGAAGAAAAUGCUGUAGCUAAACCUGCCCCUGAUUCUAAAAGAGUAACCCUUAAAGAGGAAAGUGAGGUCGAAACUGUAGUUAAACCUGAGGAAAAUGAAAAAAACGAAGACCCACCUGACUAUCGGCAACUAAGAAAAAUGUUAGCAGCCAUGACUACUCAGGAACAACUUAAAGAUAGAGAUGAGAAACAAGAUCAGCCUUCCCCAAAAGGAAAAGAGAAUUUAGACGAGAUAACAACUAAAUAUCACUCCGAUGAAGAUUGGCAUCUCUUAAACAAAGAUGCCCCAAAAAGCCUAAGAGAAACUUCCCCUAUCAGGCCAUCUGCUCCAAGGAACCUAAGGGAAACGUCUCCCAUUAGGCCAUAUGCCCCUAGGGAUUUCCAAGAGACCUUCCCAGUUACUCCAUAUGUAACCUCUGGAUACCAAACAGUUCAAAGAGCUCCAGAGUACAGAGCAGAGAAUAUGGAACCCAUGCCUUUGCCACCACCUCCCAUACCAAGCCGUACAGGUCCUAUUAAACCCGCAUUAUUGCCGCCACCUCCCUAUCGAAGUGGGAGAGCUCCAAUAUCGAUCCCACGGAGACGGGCCUUCUCUGUCCCUGGCGAGAAAUUCGAUCCCCAACUUCAGGCUUGUUUCCCUUUAAUUUUUGACAAUGAUGAAAGAGAACAAAAGGCUAUCGACUGGGAGCCUGUUUCCUUUCAAUUGGUCAAAGAACUUAAAAAUGCAUGUAUUUCAUAUGGGCCUAAAGCCCCAUAUACGAUGCAGCUAGUAGAAAAUUUAACAGGCCAAUGGUUAACACCUCGAGAGUGGAAAACAAUUGCUAAGGCCUGCCUGUCCGGAGGACAUUUCAUACUUUGGAAAUCUGAAUAUGAUGAUCUCGCUCGUAUAUAUGCUUUUUCUAACCAAAAUACUGACCUUAAACAUAUCACUGAACCUAUAUUACUUGGACAGACCGACUACCCCUCGUAUGACGAACAGAUGAAAUUAGAUAGGACUGCUAUACAACAGGUGGCUGAUUGUGCCUUUACUGCCUGGCGCUCAUUGCCCGAUGGUAAGGCAUCUGGUACUGCUCUAUCUGAUAUUAAACAAAAGUCAGAAGAGCCAUUUGAAGACUUUGUCUCACGACUCUCAGAAGCUGUCCAGAAAAUAAUUUCCGAUUCCGAGGGAGCUAAAUUAUUAACAAAACACUUGGCCUUUGAAAAUGCUAAUUCCACCAGCCAGGCUAUAUUGCGCCCUAUUAGAAGAACUGGAUCCUUAAUUGAUUAUAUGAAACAGUGUGCAGAUGUAGGACCGUCAAUGCUACAGGGUGUUGCUAUAGCUGCAGCAAUAAAAGGGAAUUCUUAUCAGCAGGCAGUCCAAACUUUUUUUACUAACAAGAAUAAGCCAUCACAAGGCGAUCCCAAUAACCAAGGCAAGAAUACAUUCCCUAGAACUUGUUUUUCCUGUGGCCAGGAGGGACACACUUUUCGUGAGUGCCCUCAAAGAACACCCGGUUCUUAUCUGCCUAAUCCGGCCCAACCGGCUGCGUCUGCUCCACAAAACCCUGCCCCCCUGCCCAUUAAUCCUAGGUCUCUUUGCCCUCGCUGCCAGAGAGGAUAUCAUUGGGCAAGGGACUGUAGGUCACGAUUCCAUAAAAAUGGAGUCUUUUUAGGCCCCGACCAGCAGUCGGGAAACGGGUUGAGGGGCCAGCCCCAGGCCCCGACAACGAUUGGGGCAGCCUCACUGAACCCAUUCAUUCCCUUCGUUCCGUCGCAGAGCUCAUCAGAACAACCCCAGGCAGUGCAGGACUGGACCUCAGUUCCACCACCUCAACAAUAUUAA